AUGGCUUUGGAAGAUGAAAUGGAGUCCAAAAGACGCGAAUUGAACUAUUUAAAGCAUGUUUCGGCUCUAACAGAAAGGCUUAAAUCGCAGUUAGAUGAGCUGAGCGUACAGGUAUCUCAAAUGAAUAAGAAUGCAGACAUAGUCAAAGAUGUUAUGGCCAAUUGGGACUCUGUGCUUCGGUCUAUAUCGCAAGCAUCGAUAUCAUUGCUACAGUACACGGAAAAUGAUUACGAGACAGGAAAAUGGGCUAACAAGGAGAAAGAGAGUGGAGAUAGCACGGACAUAGCUGCUGAAACGGAUGGAGUACAGCAAGGCACACCUCUUCCGGAGACUUUGGUUAGGGUUAAAGUUACAGACGAUGCAGAAUAG